UACAACUACUACGUCUAGUCCUACUCCGAAUACAUAGUGAGUGAGGUUCUGAUGAGAAAAUAUUGGUUAGACUGAUCGGAGUAUGUCGGACAACGGUGGCUCGUCAAUGGAUCUGUUGCGUUCAGAAGCGAUGCAGCUGAGUCAGCUCAUCAUCCCAAUCGAUUCCGCUCACUUGGCUAUCACUUACCUCGGUCAUCUCGGCCUCAUUCAAUUUAACGACUUGAAUGCCGGCAAGAGCCCGUUCCAGCGAACUUAUGCUGCACAGAUUAAACGAUGUGGAGAGUUGGGACGCAAGUUAAGAUAUUUCAAGGUUCAGAUGUUAGAAGCAGAAGUAGAAGCAUCGGCAAGGUCUGGUACAAGAUCCGACCUUAAUGUUGAUGAUCUUGAGGUAAAAUUUGGACAACUUGAAGCCGAGAUAACUGAAAUUGUUGCAAAUGGUGAAAAAUUGCAACGCAAUUACAAUGAACUAGUUGAGUAUAAGCUUGUUCUGCAGAAGGCUGGUGAGUUUUUUCAUUCAGCCCUAAGCAAAGCUACAGCGCAGCAGAGAGAAGCAGGAUCAAGCCAUGGAGGUGAAUCGUUGGAAGCACCUGAAGCACCUCUCUUGGAGGAGCAAGAAUUGCAUUCUGAUAAGCAAGUUAAGUUGGGGUUUCUCACGGGCCUUGUUCCUAAAGCAAAAUCUAUGGCAUUUGAAAGAAUCCUUUUUCGCGCUACCAGGGGUAAUGUGCUUUUGAGGCUAUCUUUUGUUGAGCAGCCCGUCGUAGAUCCUGCAUCAGGAGAGAAGGUAAUUAAAAACGUUUUUGCUGUUUUCUUCUCCGGAGAAAGAGCAAAAAGCAAGAUUCUUAAAAUAUGUGAUGCUUUUGGAGCAAACCGUUACCCUUUUAGCGAGGACAUGGGCAAGCAAGCUCAAAUGAUGACUGAGGUCUCUGGAAGACUCUCAGAACUGAAGAUCACUAUUGCUGCUGGAAUAUCACAACGUAAAAAUUUGUUACAUGAAAUUGGUCAACACUAUGAACAGUGGAACCUAAUGGUAAGGAGGGAAAAAUCCAUUUACCACACAUUGAACAUGCUCAGCAUUGAUGUGACAAAGAAGUGUCUUGUGGCAGAAGGUUGGAGUCCAGUUUUUGCAACACAACAGAUUCAGGAUGCACUUCAGCGAGCAACAACAGAUUCUGGCUCACAAGUUGGUGGAAUUUUCCAGGUUCUACGAACGAAAGAGUCACCACCAACUUAUUUUAGGACAAACAAAUUUACUUCAUCCUUUCAAGAUAUAGUUGAUGCAUAUGGGGUGGCGAAGUAUCAAGAAGCUAAUCCGGGUGUAUAUACCAUCAUCACAUUUCCAUUUCUUUUUGCUGUCAUGUUCGGUGAUUGGGGACAUGGAAUAUGCAUCUUAUUGGCAACUUUAUUUCUUUUGAUCAUGGAAAGAAAAUUUUCUAAUAAGAAACUUGGAGACAUCAUGGAAAUGACGUUUGGAGGGCGCUAUGUCAUUCUGAUGAUGGCACUCUUCUCGAUCUAUACUGGUUUUAUCUACAACGAGUUCUUCUCAAGGCCAUUUGAAUUAUUUAGUCGUUCAGCAUAUGAUUGUCGUGAUCCUUCCUGCAGAGAUGCAACUUCUGUGGGAUUGAUUAAGGUACAUGAUACCUAUCCAUUUGGUGUGGAUCCUGUAUGGCAUGGUACCCGCAGUGAGCUUCCGUUUCUUAACUCACUGAAGAUGAAAAUGUCCAUCCUCCUCGGAGUAGCUCAAAUGAAUCUUGGAAUAGUAAUGAGCUUUUUCAAUGCAAAAUUUUUUAGGAAUGGCAUUAAUAUCUGGUGUCAGUUCGUUCCUCAGAUAAUAUUUUUGAACAGUCUAUUUGGCUAUCUGUCCAUUUUGAUCAUUAUAAAGUGGAUUACUGGUUCAAAGGCUGAUUUAUACCAUGUAAUGAUAUAUAUGUUCCUUGGUCCGACUGAUGACCUUGAUGAAAACCAGCUAUUUAUCGGGCAGAAAGCAAUUCAGCUUCUGCUACUACUGCUGGCCUUUGUUUCUGUCCCAUGGAUGCUACUUCCAAAGCCUUUCCUAUUAAAGUCGCAACACAAUAAUAGGCAAGAUGGUCAGUCCUACGUAACUCUCACCGAUGAAUCAUUGCAGUCCGAGAUAACUCAUGAUUCCCAUGCUCAAGAGGAAUUCGUGUUUAGUGAAGUUUUUGUACAUCAACUCAUACAUACAAUAGAGUUUGUGCUUGGAGCAGUUUCCAAUACAGCUUCGUACCUUCGUUUGUGGGCCCUCAGCCUUGCCCAUUCUGAACUGUCUAGUGUGUUCUAUGAGAAGGUUCUUCUUCUGGCUUGGGGGUACAACAAUCUCAUCAUUCGUAUAGUUGGCAUGUUUGUUUUCAUUUGUGCUACUGUCGGGGUGUUGCUCGUUAUGGAAACUCUAAGUGCUUUUCUUCAUGCAUUACGGCUCCACUGGGUGGAGUUCCAAAACAAGUUCUACGAGGGAGAUGGUUACAAAUUCAAUCCUUUCUCAUUUACAUUAGUUGCUGAUGAGGAUGAAUGACAUGUUUGGGAAUCUUUUGAACUUAUAACAGCUGAGGGGAAAAUGUUUGGAAUUUUCUUAAUUCUACAUUUGAAGACGUUCAAUUUGAGAGACCAUUGUUCGCUCCUUUUCCAUAAGUGAAGAAGAUGGAGGUUUUGACAGUUUUUCAGUUUUCCUGAUCUGUUAGAUAUAGAUAGUUGUUUUUUGUUAGAACAAAUAAGGCCCCUCUUUUAGAAUGGGGUAUGUAUCACAACUUUUCUGAAAAAAUAUGUUAGGAUCCUUAAGAAAAGAUUCACAUAACAUAAGUUUCGUGUUUUAGGAUAUCAGAACUUAGUACACUUGAUCAGAUUGCUUCUCAUUUGAGAUACUAAUCUUGUUUCUAACUCAAAAUUAUUUUUGCUAAUCUGAACCAAUCAUACAGCACUCUAACCUUUUUUCUAUCUUAUGCUAUGAAUUCUUUUAGAACACAUUAUAAGGACUCAGGAGUGCUAAAUUCUAGUGGAAGUCCGGAACUGUUGGUGAAAAUAUUCAGAUAAAAUGCAUAAUAGGACUCAGGGUCAGGGAGUGCAACAUUUUAGUUGCAGACCGGAACUGUUGGUAAAAAUAUUCAGAUAAAACGCUGACAGUAUUGUGUAAGAACACUUGCGGAUUUUAAUCUGGUGUGACAUAUGAACUGGCAUGGGAACUGUUGCUAUUCCACAAAAUCAUUGCACCAGUCAAACCAAAGCCAGAAUCAUGCCAUCACCUUAUUUGAAUCUAAACAUAACUUAUUUAUGACAGAAGCACACCACAAGCCUGACCUCAUCUGAUAUUAGAUAUAGCUAAAACAAAGGCUACAUUGGAAUAGAUUUGUGGAAUAGCAUCAAUAUAUUGGAAUAUCCAUCAUCAAGGUCCUAAUUAAGGUGGAACUAAAAUAAGGGUGUAUUUAAUUAUCUAGACAAAAAUUAAAUGAGGAAGGCUCAUUAGAAGUGUCAUGU